UGCUCCAAGGAGGAGAAAGUAAUUUCAUUACAAAACAGUAUUUUCUGGAAGCCAAUGUAUUGAAAACCUCUUUGGACUGCCUUCAUUUAUUAUUAUCGUGUCUGCCGAGUGGAUUGCUGAUGUUGAUGUUAUGACUGAAUAACAGCUGCACCAGAAUGCAAGGAAAGUCUCUGUUUUCCAUCCUGGCAUCAACCAAAGACAAAACAAAUGCAUAUAUUCUUUCUUUAAAAAUGUUUACUGACUAAUAUUAUUGACUGAAGAGAAAAAGGGUGAUGUUAAGAAAAAUAUAUUUUAAAGUAAGAAAUUCUUUAGUUUUUUUUACAUGAAUUUUAUCUGCAAAGUUAGAGUGUGGACAUUACAUGAGCCCUAACAUUACGAAAGCGUAUAUGGUGGAUUUUGAUUUAGCAACAUUCAAGGUUUAAUGCUUAGAACUCGGAAAUAUGAAUCGUACAUCCGUAGCUGGAAGUGCCUCUGAGGAAACAAUACUGGAAAAAAUAAAAAAUGAUCUCUGCUUAAAAAUAGAAUCUUCUUUCAAUAAAUUGUCCUUUAUUUGGAACGAAUUUGGUAUUGAUGGUGAGCAGAAAUCACAACGUGCUAAAGUAGUAAGUGACCACAUUCAGAAUUUAUUACGGGAUAUAAUAGAGGAGGAAAAUGGUUUCUAUGAAGAUAUAAAGCAGCGCAUACAAAAUUAUAAGAAGCAAAUAUUGGAGCUUGCACAAUUAUUAAAUAUACCAGCAAAUGAUGUAGUAGAAGGAUCUUUAAUUCAAACAGAAGAGCGUUUACGUAUUGAAGUGGAAAAUUUAUUUAAAUUAAAACAUAAAAGGAUAAAAGCUUUUAAGGAUCUUCGCUCCGAGGAGUCAAAAUAUUGCAAAAGAUUGGGUUUACCACCUCUAAAUAUUUCUACAGCUUCUGGCCUUGCAUCUGAAAAAGAUAUGCAUGAACUUCAGCAGCACAUAACUAUGCUGAUAUUAGAAAAGGAUAAGCGUCUUAAAAAGUACUACUCUUUCAGAAAGGAAUUGACUACCAUUUUAGAGACAACUGAAAUGUCACCUGAAACAUCCCUUGAAAAAAAUAUUAUCUCUGGUAAAGAAGAUAGCAUCUUACUGUCAGAUGAAACUAUGAAGGCCCUGGAAGAUAUUGUAUGCAAAGUCCAAAAUAAAAAAGCUGGCCUAGAAGCUAGGAAAAAAGAAUUGAUGGACAAAUUAACCACUCUCUGGCAGAGAUUAAAUGUAAAUGAGUAUGAAAAAGAGCUGUUUCUUUCACAGCAUGCAGACUGUCGUGUCAAAACAAUUGAAUCUAUUGAAAAGGAAGUGCAAAAAUAUGAAGAAAUAAAAAAACAAAACAUACAAAGUUACGUUGAAAAUCUUCGAAAAGAGCUGGAAGGCUUAUGGGAUAGAUGUUUUGUUUCUGAAACACAAAGACAGCAAUUUCAUCCUUUUACUACAAUGGAAUUUAAUGAUGAAAUCUUAGAGGCACAUGAUAUGGAAGUGGAGAAAUGGAGAAGCUUUUAUAAAGACACUGAAAAUAUUGUGAAUAAAAUUGCAAAAAGGCAGAAGUUAUGGGAUUUACUGAUAGCUUUUGAAAAUAAGUCAUCAGAUCCCAACCGAUACAAAAAUAGAGGGGGAAAUCUUUUACAGGAAGAAAAAGAGCGAAGAAGGUUGCAGAGAGAUCUCCCAGCUUUAGAAAAUGAAAUAUUUAAUGACAUAGAAGAGUAUGAAGCUCAGAAAGGCAAACCAUUUCUAUAUUUUGGACUAGAUUUUCGAGAGUUUAUUAACAGGCAGUGGGAAGACAGAAUAAAUCAAAAAGAGAAUGAAAAGAUCAUGAGGCACAAAAUGCGUUCACAGAUUGGCAAUGAAACCACUUUAAGAACACCUGGAAAGAGACUUUUGCCUGGCACUCCAAAAUCUGCACCCAGUAAAUUGUUUAAGUCAGGAGUUGGUGUAUCAGUAUUCCGUACCCCAAAUGUGAAAGUUUUAAAAACAACUCCAAACACAGUUGGAAAACUACAUUCCAGAACGGAUAGACUUGCUAAUAAUAAAAAAUCUCAAAAUAGUAUUGUCCAAGCCAAAUGCCAGAAAAAAAUACAGAAAGGAAAAAACCAGCAUGAUAAAACAGCAGUGUCUGGUUCUUCGAAUGAUACCACAUACACCCAGUUUGCUGCUGAGUUAAACAAGUCAUCAAGAAAUAAGCAUCGUAGUUCUGUAUUAUCUUCAAGAAAGCUUGGUGGAACUCGUAUAUCUCAGAACAACAGCCAGCGACGCAGCAAAAAAAAAAGUGCUGCAAAAUCUUUUGGUAUGUCAUUAAGAAAUACCACAAGAACAUCUGCAAAACUUACCCCAGCCAGGGGAAAGUUAGGUUUACCAUUUUUGAUAUAAAAUGUGUGACUAAAUGUUUAGAGGAAACGCACUAUUUUGAAAUGUCUGUAAAAGAAAUUAAUUAUAGAAUAGUUUAUAUUAACUGACAAAUUUUAAUUCAUAAUACUUAGGACCUACUGAACUUUCAGCUGAUUAACCUGGUGUUUGUUUUUAAAAAUUUGAAAUAUGUUUUUAUUAUGUAAAAUAUUUAGUAUGAAUAAAGGCUGUAAUUUUGUCAGAAUAAAAGCACUUUUUAUAGUA